ACACAAUCAAAUUUAUUUAUAUUUAAGGAAGAGCGAUACUUUUUGUUUUUAGUCUAAUUUUGUGUAUCCAGGCGUCUGUUAAUCAAAAUGUUGAAAGUUUAUAUUUGUUUUUUUGCAUUUGUUCUUUGUUAUGUACAAUGUUUGCCAACUGAAGCAGUCAGUCAAUCAUCGGCUACUCAGCAAACUCUCCAUUUAAAUGUGAAAAAUUCGAGUGAAGCCACCAAUUAUCACCUCACCCCCAUAAUUGAUGAACUCGGAAACAUUGAUGAAGAAGUCAACGAGGAACUUGACGCUAUUUUACCGUACAUUAACUUUUUGUUUGACUUAUUCAGCCAGAGCAGUGAUAGCGAUGAAAAUGAUUGUGCGGAUUCUAUGGUAAUUCAAUUGGUUCCUGACACGCCAUUUGAGAAGAAAGAGGCGGAUAUACACAAUGCGACUGAAAAAAGCGAAACAAAGCCAAUAUAAUCUUUUUAUUUAUAUAAUAUAAUUUGAAAACCAUUAUGAAAAUUAGAAGUUAAUUUAAUUUUUUUUUCAAAUAUAAAAAUUACUAAACAAUAGAUUAUAUAAAUAUUUUUAUCUGUUAGUAUAUGUAUCUAAUAUUAACUAACACAUGUCUUUUUAUAAAUACAUAUAUUAUCUUGAACUACAGUUAUCCACACUUAUAAUGUUUGUUAAGGAUGACUUGUUCGUGAAUUAUUUACACAAAAUCGUAGAUAAAAUGAAGUUUGUAGAAAAUAUUGCCAUUUUUAAAUCAGAUUUUCUUUAAAAUACACGAUGAAAAAUUUUAAAGUGCUUAUAGUUUCAUUACUUCUAUUUG